AGUGCACGGAAAUGUAAUAGCUUAGGGGGGUAAGAAAAUCGCUUUGUAAGAUGUUACAGCGUCUUUAGCAGCUGUGUGAUGUUGAAAAGGAGCAAAGAAACGUCCCUUGAAACAGUGGGAAAAGUCGCGUCAUGUAAUAUUUAUGGAUCCGGAGUUGUGCGGCUGCUUUGGGUAGAAACGGAGUGGAUUGACGCGCGCGCUAAAGCAGCCCCGCAUGUGAUUUCCAGCUUCAGUCAUCUUGGCAGCACGAUGCGAGAGAGAGAGAGAGAGAGACAGAGCCCGACACAGAGCUGUGAAACUGGACCCUCUGCCAGAGAUGUCGACGGAGAGGAAUCCCUGAAACCGCCCGCUUUCUUCUUCUUUCUUCCAGGAAAUAUGUACAAAUGUGGUUUUGUGCAAGAGUGCUGCCUGUGUGCCUGUCGGUUUUUCUUUUCUUUUUUUUUUUUUUUUUUUUGCACAGAGUGAUAGUGGACCAGUAUGCCGUGUGGGCGAUGCUGCCACAAGGGAUACAUUGUGAUUUCGCAGAGAUGUUUUAGCAACCGUUGCAUAAAUUAGAAUAUAAGACGAGCCGUCACGUAAAGGGAUUGUAGUCUAAAGGGAUCUAAUAAGACUUCACCACCUGUUACGAGAAAUCAGGUAAGCCUCACAGACCUUUUAUUGCCCUCUUUUACAUUUACAUCACCUCAUCAUUCAGAGCAUGACGAACGCAGGUAGUUAAUUAUAACGCCAAACAGCCGUAAAGCCCAACAUUGAUCCUUCUGCUGUGUACUUUUUAGAGAUGUAAUGCUUUAACGCUGCGCACCCACAUUUAUGCAUCCCUAUGAUCCGAUGGAUGAUAAAGCAUCACAUCCUCUUACAGUCCACAUUUGUGUUCAGCAAACCGGUUCAGAGUUCACUUUAGAUGGGCUUCAUCAUGAAACAGCGUUGAAUUAUUGUGUGAUUUUGAUCAUAUAUGCAUAAGAGCUUCAUCCUGCCUUAGUGCAGGUACAGGAGCUGCACCCGCAGUUUCCUCCAGCCAGUGCAGAGGCAGCAGACCUCUUUCCAUCCACAGUGCUGCUAUUCAGCUGCCUUAAAGUGCUCUCUCUCUCUAUGUGUACUGGCUGCCAAUAACCAUCAACAUACUAUAUAUUAAAAAAGGCUGUUUUUAUGUCUCAGUGCACUAGCUUCUUCCCGGAAAAAGCUUCCAGGAAACAAGAUAGGGCUGAGGAGUGUUCCAGCUCAGCUCUCUGAUGUUGUUGCUGCUGAUGCUGGUGGUCCAGUCAGUGUUUUAUUAGCUUGGCACAAACCUCCUGAAUCCUCCGCUGUUUCACUCAAUUUAUGUUGCUUCUUUGACUACAAACUGCUGGGGCUUGUUUUUCUCUUCAUCCUCUGCAAGUUGACACACAAUCAACCAGGUUUCUGUCCAUGAAUCCCACUGCGAUGCAAGAAAUCAGACUCCACAUCGGUGAUUUCUGGUUCCUGUCAGCUGUUUGAAACACUGUCAGGCUCACACGAGAGCAUGCUAAAGCCUGAGCUGAGCUGAGCCAAACUGAGGCGAGUUGAGCUGGUCCAAUUCUCUGGUCAGAGGUCAGGAGCAAUCUGUUUGAUGUAGUGGAGGUCUCACUUCCUACAGAGGGUAAGACGUUGACAUGUCAUUGACGAUUUUAUGCCCCGGCACACGCGUUUCCUCCUCCCCCUCAUUUCUGCUUAUGCCCUAAAUCAAAGAGCAGUUUGGCUGAGUGUCAGAGGUGGACUGGCAAGGAAAUCAGGCUGGAGUAAAAUAGUGUCAGACACGUCUGGUCAAUAUGUCAAAGAGAGAGGACAGGGAGACACAACUUGUUUGCUUUGAUGCAGUCUGGAUCAGCUGGUAAUUGAAAGAAACAAGGCUGUCACAAAGUUUAACCCAACGCAGUCCUGAUCAACCACAUGCGGGCAUUGAUCAUGAUCCAAAUUUGCACAUGAGAGAUCCUCCACACUUUGCCUUUCCUACUUAACCAAUCAAUAUUCGGCUUCUUUCUCCUGCUACUCAAUCCCAUUGGGUCGUUUAAAAAUCAAGUCUUGCUAAACGUCUCGAAAAUGCACAAGUGGGACAGGUUGUCUUUAGGCAUUACUAGAAGCAGUGAAUGUACACAUUGGCAUUAAUUAUGUAUGUUAACACAUUCAGAGCGCAGUUACGCUCCCCCAGCAGUGAGCAUGCAGUGGUUCUGUAUGUAGAUGUCUGAAUAUUCAAGUGUUAUACUUUCUUUGUCCCCAUUCGAGCACUAUAUCUUUUUUUCUGUGAUGUGGCUUCAUUCAGUGACCUAUUUUGACCACAAGGAGUAUGCUCUACUUGGAAUAAGGGAACCUGACAGGAUCCUGGAAAAUGAUAGAAGAGUAGGGACAGGAUUUUGCAGGGUUUUUUUGUGCAUCCAAAUAAGAGAGUUUGGUAUCGCAAAAGAGAGAAAAGAACAUUUCCCAGCAGAGAUUGUUAAAGGGCAGCUGCAUGGGAGAGCGUAUAGUUUGUCACUGUGUGGCCGGACAUCUUCAUUACAAUCCAGCCUCAGAACCCAGCAGCAGAGAGAGAAAUGCAUCACGCCUGCUGUGUCUGUGGGGCUUUUAUAGCAACUGUUUGGUCGGCCAUCCAUACAAACAGCUCCAGAUGUUGAAACCGCGGAGGAAAAAGGGGCCAUAUGCUUUUAUUGUGGUGUGAUGUACUGCACCCGCAGCACCGAUAAAAUAAACUGUCUCAGGGAGUAGAGAAGGAAUAUUAGAGGUCUGUGCCACAAAGACACUGUCAUGCAACCAGAAAAGCAUUAGUGUGGUUUAGUGGAGACUGAUGGCUAAUGAAGCGUGUGCACAACCAACUCUCGUGGCGAGCAAGACAGAAGACACAACUCAUUUAUAUGCGCCUCAUAUACCAGCCCAUCUGAUUUAGAGGUUCAGGACUGCAACACAGGCCAACGCACAGAGAGCCACGCUAAGUCGGGCUACGAGGGGUUGAGGCAUAUAUAAUGAUGCAUGAUAAUAACACGCUGCUGGAUGUCCUGGCGAGGAAACCCUCAUAGAUAACAUGUUUACCUCCUGCACCGCACUACUGCCCAGGCCCAGCAGUAUUUCCUCUAUGCUUUACACUGUGUAAGCACUGCAGGCCAGACAAUUUUAGGUCACAUUUGAUUAAUGUGGAGACUCGGCUUAUUCGUUAAGCACGGCUGCUUUGACAGCUACAGCACAGCAGCUCAACCUUGAUGGGAAGGCGGGCUUGUACACUAUAAACUGCAUGAUUGUGCUUCUCUGGAACAUUUGCAGUUCACUCAACCUGCGUUUGGUUAAACAGCCCAGAGCAGCAAUUAAAAAAUACACGUCAUGAUUUUUGCUUAUUAUGGCAGAACAGACUGGAAGGACAUCGCACUUUUGUGUUUACCUUUACAGUUGGGGAAUUGUUCCUACCUCAAGUGAUUGUGAAGCAUUUAUUAAAGGCUGACACAAUGAGUGUAUUGAUGGAAACUUAAUCACAGAGUGUGACGAUAAUUGAUCAGUUUGUAAGUUAUUUAAUACAAGCAUUCAAGCAUUAAAUCCACGGUUGUUUUGGACUCGUGUUUGGACAAAAAGUAACAUUUUAAAGUCAUAACUUCAGACAUUUUUAUUAUGUUCCUUCUGUUUUAUGGACUCACUGAGUACAAAUUCGUCAUGAAAGAGUGCUGAAUAAUAAAACAGUCAUUGCUUGCAGCUCUGCAUAUAUGAAGUCACAUUUUGCAUGCAGUUUUCUGAUGAUUUGGUCAUAUUCUGCAGCUGGCAAUGACCCUGAAAGAAUCAGGCAAAUCUCCAAGGGAAUAACUUAAACAUACAUUGAUCUAAAGAUCCUAAUUCAUCUGUCUAAGAAUAGUAAUUGGCUUCAUGUCAUGCAUUUUCAAUUCAUAAAUAAUUCUGCCGAGCAGUUGAGAAAUAGUUCCAUAUUUCCCUAUUUUAUAUUUAGCCAGUGAGCAGAUGUGUCCCUCGACUGUGCAGCAUCAUUUAAAUGUAGCCUCGCCUUCAGCAAUAUGCUGAGCUUUCUAAUCCUUUCAUGUACUCGACACACAGCGUGGUGCCAUAUCCAGGCCUCCAAGUCAUCCCCUGCAAGGCCUAAUAUACAGAAAUGUGUAUAUGCGUGCGUAUUUAAACAUAUAUAAAACAAAGAGAGUGAAUUUCAUUAAUCAAUUACAAGAGAGAAUCUCAUUAUUCAAUCUGGUAUAAUGACUGAGUGCUCUUCUGUUUAGCCUAAUUAGGACCCUCAUGUAAGAUAUCAUGCUUGACUAGCUCAAUCCAUUUAUCCACAGGCGAGGCAUCAUAAUAUCAUAUGCUAAAGGACACAAAAGAUUACAGUCUUAUUAGGGAACCUGUCAUGGCAACAAUGCUGCAGGAUCACUUUCCUCCAGCUGCAGUUUAUUAUUCGGAUGAUGUCUAUUUCUGCUUCCUGAUAUCACACCACAUAACACGCAACCAGUUAGUGAGAUGAUUCCGGCUGAUUUAAGCUGGCACCUAUCAGAUACUCGGUGGCUCCCUGAUGCCAAAAACAUACAUCAUUGUCAAAAGGGUCAAGAGCUCAGUCCAUAAACAUGUCCAUCACUAAUUUACUCUGCCUAUCACUCAUGAGCAUCUGGCGUUCAGAGAGCUGCCGGCUCUAUCUCUGGCUCAGGUAUUGACUUUAGGAGAUAAUGAAAGACGUAUUUUUUUUGACAAAUGCUUCAAAAGGAUUGAAAAACAUGAUGAGAUACUGUUCAUAUCUCGCUUCAGUGAUCUUUCUUAAACAUUACAUGAAAGAAGGGGGAGCAUUACCUCCAGUUACACACAAACAGGACAUGUUCACUGCAAGGUGUGCUCUGUAAAUACAAAACUGUUCAAGCAGCUGCACCAUGACACAACCUGCACACAGACUGAAGGCUGAGUUUAUUAAUGUGUCAGCGGUUGUCAGGUGGGGAGGAAGCUGCACAUCACGCAAGUUUAAACACCUUUCUAACAAUUCAUGGGAAAUACAUUUGUAAAUCGAGGUAAAGAAAGGCAAAAAUACAAGUUCUUCUUUAUCCAGCUUGACAAACAUGCAAAAUUGCAGCUAGCUUCUUGUUUGUGUCAUUUAAAGAAGCAAUUCUUUUCUCUCUGGAGUUUUGAUGGUCAUUUUAUGGACUGAUAGAUUAACUAAGAAUAUGGUAUUAGUCAGAGAUGAAAAAACUGGAAGAAGUGCUAGAAACCUGGAAGCAAAACUGCCAUUUUUAACAUCAUCUGUUUUCAAAGUAAGCUAAUUGCAGUUAAAUUUGUGAUUUUAAAUAGUUUAUCGAUCAUACUAACAUAUACAAGUGUUUGAUAGGUACUUCAUAAAUUCGACAAUGCACUUUCUCUGGUUGCUUUCUCUGUAUCAUACAGGUCUGUGUCAACACGAGGAGUCAGUUGCGACCAGUCUAGCAAGUGCCGUAGUUAACUUCUUCGACUUAAUUUCAUCCACAGGUCUGCAGCCUCUCACACACUCCAAAACAGGGCUCUGAUGUGGUGGUUUGCUGACACAAGUCUGAUUAGAUGCACCCAAAAACUUGCUCGUAGGUGGCGGCUCGCACUUCUCUCGCAAUUCUCCUUGACACAAAGUUCAUAUCACUUUUGACUUGUCAACUGGGGCUGUCUUGGAGUUUUCGAGGUGAAAUGUUCAAUUUAAAUGCGCAGCGGUGUCAUUAAUUUUCAUCGCAGCAUGGCAGGAGUGCCAGCUUAACCAGAAAAUGCUAAAACAGACCAAAAAAGCAAUAAAUAAAAUAAAUAACAAACAGAAUCAUCUAUUAAUUUCAGACCUUGUGGUGUAUUCCAUUUACAUUCAUUUGCAUCCCAUUUCAAGUCAGUCGGAGCUGGGAAAGAUUUUGGAAACGAAUCAGACAGUUAUUUGUAGUUGAUGUUUUUGGCACUGUUAGCUAAAACUCUGUUAUUAUAACACAUUGCAUGAUAGUUUGUGCACAAAGCAGCAUAAAGAGUCACCUGAAGAUAGAGCCUGCACGGCACUAUUGGUGUAAUAGAUGUCAUUACAUGAAAAUACAUCAAGUUGCUAAAAAAAUCACUUUUAAUAGUACAGUUUUUCUGGUUUUUGAGCUCGGUUUACUUUAGUUUCACCAAGUUUCUCCAGGUAUCUUGGAAUUUUUAAUUUCAGAGAUCAAAUGGCGCACACUUGGACUGUAUAAUAAAUGGCCAUAGCAUUGAUAAUAUCACGGUUUUGUCUGUAAAUCAGAGUUUUGAAGCCUAUCAGCAGUGGUAGCUAUAUUGGAAAUGCUGAGUCAACCUAACUUUCUGUCAACAUACAGGAGGCGGGCCGUUUCAAUCUUUAAUAUCUUUGAAACAAACAUUUUAAGCAAGAUUAAUUCAGCCUUUUUGGCUUAGUGUGUAGGUGGUUUCUGGUGCUUCUUCAGCCAGCCUCAAGUGGACACUCAGGGAACUGCAGUUUUUUAGCUCUUCUUCUCUAGUAGCCUAAUUCUUUAAGACCAGAGGUUGAUACCUGGAAAUGCGCUAUUAAUCUCAUCUCUGUUGACGCUGACAGCCCGACUUCUAAACUGAGAAAUUCAGAAGCAGAAUGGUCAAUAAUGAAAUAAUUUAGCCAUAGAACCUAGCAAAAAAGCAGUUCAAGUGUUUCUUGGUCCCUCCAAAGAACAUUAAGUUCUCAAGGAAUUUAAAAGGAUGAAGCCUGCGCACCUCCACUUUAAUCACAACUUCUAUCAAUACCCAGGUCUAUUUUAUUCAUGUACUGAACAAAUGAAACUGCAAAUAGCAGCAGCCAAAGCAGCAGCUUUGAGACACAGAUAAGCCGACUUGAAAUUCCGAAACAUUCUAAGAACUCCAAGUUCUUCAGAAAAAAGUCCUGUCACUACAAAGUUAUCAAUAGAAACUGAGUAAAAUCAAACAAAAUCAUGUUUCCUUAAAGAAUGUCUCUGCCUUACAUGUCCUUCAUAUUUGGUGAAGUCUUCAAGUUUUCAUUAGUGAGGAAUUUAAACAUCUUUUGAAAUAUCCCACGAUUUUAAUGUCUGUAUGGGUAAAGAAAUGUAACAUUUCAUCAAGUGCAGUGUCAGAUGAUUGCUUGCUUUACGAGAGCAUGUUCACUGCUGGCAGCUUGCAACAAAAAUUUUAUCACUUUUCCAAACACGCACAAGGCAAAUCGUGUGAAAUUCAGUCAGGGUAAUGCUGCUGAUGUUGAGCAGCACUCUUUGGGGAAGCCAUAAUAUUUAAGCAGCAUAAUACCCACGAUCAUCACUCACCAAAUUAAAAAAAAAAAACCUGCAGUCUUCAGCACCAUAUGUUCCAGUCCGCAGAACAAGCGAACAUACAGUAGGUGAAACUCAUAUCAAUUUUCAGAGGGUAAAACUAUAUUUGCUGGAGUGUUCUGCAGACAGAGGCUCCACCUGCACACACAAACGGCCAUCCAUCAUCCUGUAUGGGCCCCAGCUGUCCUCAGCUUUAAGAGAUGAAGAUGUCACGUUACAAUCUCCACAUCAUUCAGCCAAUCUAACUUUGCUCCUCUGCCUCUGUUCUCUCUGCCAUUGUGUCAGACACAAGAGCAUUAUUUGAAAAACACUGCUUGGCAAAUUGGUGGGACUGAAAAUAUCUGAUGGUCGUAAAAGGAAGUUACGCUGACUUGGCUUAUAAGGCACAAAAGGUUCUGCUAAUUUAAUCUUUUUGCUGAAAAAAGGGAAAAAGCAGUCAUCAGGGAGGGUACAGGAGGGCAUUGCCGAAGACAAAAGAGCUCGUCUCAGAGCUGCACAAAGAUUCUCUUUGCUUCUGACCACAUAGAGACAUUCAUUUUAAAUCAGGUCCACAGACAAUGUCAGGCUUUCCCUCGCUGCUACUGAACAACAGAGCUGGCUCAUCUUUAACACAGACGACUCCUUGUGAGGAGUGUAGGAGGCAGGUUGAAGACAUAAACUGAGAUAUUGUAUUUAAGAUUGAUUUUCCCAAAGUCAAUAAAACACAACAAAUCUGUGCGAGAAAUAUUAGAAAACAAUAUCUGAGAGCAGAAAUACAUAAGAGGCUCAUUUCAAAAUAUAAAUCAACAUUUCAGUGAACAAUAAACACUAUCACAGUGCAGUGCAUGCCCCUUAUAACUGUGCAAGUAUAUGAAUGAGAAGUCAAUACAUUUUACAGUACAACAACCAGAGGCUGAGGUUAAUUCUCACUUUAACAGUGGGUCAUUAUCCAUCUAAUAUUUUGCUAUUAUCUGAUAAACUGAACAAAUAGUGUCAGAUAUCUUUAAAGAUAGAUUCAGAGCUCAUAGUUAUUUUCUAACAUUGCUCAUUUCCAACCCUGACAUUAUACCAUUUACAAUGAAUUAAAAUAAAAGAAAGCAGAAAAUCUUUAAAAGCUGCAAAAGCAGUUUGGCUUUUUUUUUUAUUCUGCUGCCCGGCUUAAACAAUAAAUCAAUGACCAACCAAGUUGAAUUACAAGUGAUAGUUUUCCAAUUACUGCCUGUGCUGAAAAUAAUAUCAGUGUUCUCUUUCUGUCUGUGCACCACAAAUUAGUUCAACAACAACACAAAGAACAUCCAACAUAGCAACCAUGAAGUGAAAUUAAUACCUCCCAAAACAAAAGCCUAAUGUUACUGUUGUUUAUAUGAGAGAGAGAGAGAGAAGGCACUGCAGCGCUGUAGGAUUCAAACCAAAGACUUUAUAUUAGAAGUGGUCAAAAAAUAAAGCUAGUAUGACUAAGUGGAAGGGGUGGAAGUAGGAUAAGGUUCUUGUAGGCACUGUACCUGUAGGCUUUGUAGAAGAGGACCACACCCAAGAUUAACGAGGUGCCGAUUCUGAUGCCACAGUAUCAUCAUCUGCUUGAACAUAAAAUCCCAUUUUCCUCUGCAUUUUGUUUUAUCUACGCAUUUAGAAUGAAGCAGCCGACUCUUUAAAAUUUCCCUCCUUCCGCAAAAGGCGGGAAGCGGUCCCCAGCGCCUAGGCAACCAGCGUCCAAUCAAAAGUGCGCACUGAACGCUUCCAAUUUCCGGGGUUUGGUUGUUUGCGGAAGCAAAUACGACACACUCGCAAGCAGCGCGGUCCUAUUGGAUUACUACGGUUACAGUGCAGAGUGCAGACUGACGUGCGGCAACACGGUGAGCAAAUGUAGCCUACAAACAUUGCAGAGGGGUUAAAGUUUGCGUACCGCUGCGUAUCGGCUGUAAACUGCUGUUUAUGUCUUCCCAGUACGGUGUACCGCUGCGUACCGGUUUGUUUUCACCCUGCUUAGUGGGCUCAAGUGCCAUCAUUGUUUUUUAAAUCUGAUUUGAUUUCUUACUUGGAUAAAAAUGUCUAUUAGUUUUUAGUCUAAACCCCUAAAUUUGCAUCUUUCUCAAUACAGUUUAAUGUCAAUUUUGUAAAAUAUGCUCACAUUAGGUUUAAAGUCAAUAAUGAAACAGUAUGCUUCACAGCCUUGCUACUCUUGGAUUUAGAACUGCUCACAGACUGUUUAUACUACCUGAGUCCUGCACAGGUGAUACUUUAUCUUUGACAUGCACAAGUAAAUUAUCAAGCACAAACAAGAUAAUUUGUACCAUUAACAUAAUUAACUUGUGCUGCCAGAUAGAAAUGAUAACCUUGGGGGACUUCAUUUACCUAAUAACUUCAAUAAGCAGUAGGAAUGUUUUAGUGCAACUGAUUUCCCAGUUGUGUGAACGGAUAUUUAAAAUUAGAUGAACUAAGCUGUCUGAAGGUUGGAAAGGGGGACAAUCAAUAUAGAGCAGCACUUAUGGCUAAAGACAGGAUCACAGUGUCUGCAGGUAAAGGAUGUUAAAUUAGUCUGCAGAGUGGCUCACGUUAGCAGAGCUUUUGAAACCAGCCUUGGUCCUCUUUGCUAGUUAAUGUCCAUGUGUCUGAUCUGGUUUUAAAUUGCUUUGGUUGGAUGAUUCUAUUUGGCUUGAACCGGUCAUGACCUACAUGCAUCUUUAUCCUAUUUUGUAGAUUAAACUGCUGCCAAACUGUGCUGCACUACAAGAUGAAAUCUGUCAUCAUGGUUGUUUACAUUCAGGUAGUAGAGCAUUAGAGCAUUAUAACAGUAGCUGUGAAUCAGAUCUGCAGUGGGUCACUAUGAUGCAUCAUAGACACAACAUUUGAUCUGAGUUUCCAGCCUAUGAUAACAGAAAUAUUAGAAAUUCAUCCAGCCGCCUGGUGAUUCUGGUGCCAACAUCCCAGCAGUCUAAUUGUACAGUCUGUCAAAAUAUCAGAUCAAUAAAUGAGUUCAUUUUAAUUGACUCAAGUUUGUUAGCAGCAGCAUAUCUAACCAUCACAAAAUAUGUCCCAAUCGUGUUCACUGGACAAACAAAAUAAUCAAAACAGCAAAAUCAAGGAGUUAAAUUGAAGCUGUGAUAUAUUUUACAGGAGCUCAGCUUGCAUUACACUACGCAGGAUGCUUUCUUUCUGUUUAAUAAAAGGUAAAUGUAGUUCUUUAACUGAUAUUAAAUCAUCCAUCUCCAGGUCCUGUGUGUGUUGACUGUAAGGGGUCAUAAAUGCCUCUCACUUUCAUCUCUUUGCUUUUACAGUGUUGCACCUUUUUAUAGCUGCUCUUACUGUAUAAUCAGGAGACGAUGAUUUAUGACUGGAAUGAAGCUUGAAAUGUAUAUACAGUAAGUUUUUAUUUCAACUCAGUAGUAAAAUGAUCACAGUGGAGAUGCUGCGUCGCAACAACAAAAAAGUGGCUGGAAGCCAACAAUGCAUACUAACGAGGAGGGGUUCUCACAAGUGUGCUAUUGAGACUUAAUAAACCGUUGGAAAGGAACAUUUGUACGAGGCUUACAAAGAUCCAAGAAAAUGGGAGAAUAUGAGUUAAUUGCAUUUUGGCACUGGUGCACAUGAAUCUACAGGUUUUUUUUACAAGUGAGGUAUUUGAGAGGAUCCUUCAUCACAGGCUGAAGGAUGAGACUCGCCGUUUUGAGUUUGCUUUUGAGUGAAUUUUCUGUUCCAGGUGCUUAUUUUAGAAAUAAAAGCUUCCGAUUCAUCUUCCCACAUAAACACAAAAGAUAUAUCGACUUAGGUUUAUCUGUGUUUCUGCCAACUGCAGAUUACAUCUUUCUCGCUGUAGUCUGAAGCUGUUAAUCAACAAUAUUCAGCACUGCUUUUGAAUUUAGAUUCUUGAGAUUUUUUUUUUUGUUUUUGUUCCAGUCAACUUCAUUUUUCUGUUCCUGCAGCACAGCCACCGAUCAGACUUCACCAGCCUCACUGCUCAAUAGCCUCAUUCUGCUCCUCAGCUUCUCCUCCUCUGGGAGUAAUCGUGCAACACCUACAACCAGCCAGGAGAGGUGACAGCGUUUACUCUCCCACCACCCAAGCCUGACAGCCAUGAUUCGGGAAGGCCUUCCUCUACGACGGCUCGGAUCAGGGGUCAACUCACUGCUAGAUGGCUAGAUCUCACCGUACAAAGAGCUGGGGGCCUUUCUGCUGAAGUAAGUCCCUCUGCAGCUCUGGUUCUAUAAUUCAAGCGGCGCCAUUUCUGUGCUGCUCUCUUUUGUUGAGUCAAGUGGCAGUCAUGUCUGAUUAAAACUGAGUGGAACUGGUUUAUGUAAAUGAGGCUGUACUUGUUUGUCUGCCUGCAUUAAAGUAACAUGAUUUUAAAGCAUGUGGAAGUCAAUGGUAGUGUAAAAACCUCUCAGGUUGUGUUGUGGCAUUUCCUCCAGCUGGGCUUCUCCCUGAUAAGACAUCAGAUGCGGUAACGGACUUCAUUCCUGGGAGCCCUGAAUUGGAUUUUGAAACAUUUAUUAGGAUACCUGGGCUCUCACCUCUGCUAAUGAAUUAUUCAUUAACACUUAAUGGUCUCCGGUUUUCUCCCUGGAUUGCUCAGUGGGGAUUUUUUCCUCCAUGCUCAGUUGGGUUGAGAUGAGGCACAUUUCAAUGAGAAAUCUAUUUUUCUCCAUUGUAUACAAGAGAAAGGACAAACCAUAAUGGAAAUAGGUUUCUUGCUAACAAUGCUAGUGUGAAUCUGCUGCGCAGGUUUUUUGCUGCAGAGACUUGGUCACAUCAUUAAGUGUUUUUUUCUCCCUCCACAGUCUAACUGGCUUUUCUCUGUUGCAGUAUCCCUCACUGCGUAGUAGCACAUGGAUUUCAAGACUUCAAAUGAAGAGGUUAGUAGAGUUUGAUCAAUGUAACAUUUUGACAGUAAAUUGAUUUCGAUUGUGGAAACAGCCUUUGCAUUUCUGAGCGCCUGAGAGCAUGCAGCCAGAGCAGUAGCUACACACAUAAAUCUGCAGCCUCACUCCCCCUCCUCCACUUCGUACAGUCAUUGUAACAUCUGCACAAACAGCUGAAUGAAGAAGCAAACAUACCGUAAAAAAAAACGACUUCCUGAUGCUUGUGUACACUGCAGCACAUUAAUAAUUCAGAUGUCUUUUAGAGGCCACUCUAUGAACUCAACUUGAUCUGUAUGCUUUAAAAAAAGUGAAGAUGGUUGAUCCCCCGUAUUAAAGUCCCAUGAGUGUAAAUACUGGCAUUCAUGAUAUUGAAUUUCUGAAAAUGGAUCGAUCACAUGCUACAGCGAAGCAUCAUGGAGACAUGAACCCCUGUCAUGAUGCUGAAAUAUUUACAUGUUCCAUGUUGUUGCCUCUUGGCCAUUAACAUGCAGAUGAUUCAGUCAUUAACUGGGAAAAUGAAAACGAAACACUCGUGAUUUAUUGACAAUUAAAAACAUAUAAAAGAUAGUUAAUUAGUGACAUAGCGUAAUAAUAAUAACACUGCUUCCAUUAGAGCUGUUUUUAUCACUGAGUGUGUGAAUUUGGCCUCCUUACUUUUUAGAUUAUCCGAUGAGAGCCAAAAUUUUGUGGUAGCGCCUACCCCUACUUCAGCGUUAACCUGAAGUCCUCAGCAUGAGCUCAAUUACUGUGCUUCUAUCCAAUACACUGCAGAAGUGGACCAAACCAUUACCACCUUUAUAAAGGGGGUUGGUGUUCAGUCCAUUUUUUUUCACUACCUAAAGUAACCUGACAAUACAAAGUGACCUGCAACAACAGGUUACUCACUAAAAAUCAGAUAAAAUUUGUAGUUUAAAACAAACUUUUAAUACCAGGCGUUUUAAAAGCCCACUCAGUGUUACAGCCUGUGGUUUCUAGUUUCAUUCCCCGCCCUCACAACUGCACCCCUGAGUUUAAAAGAGAUGUCCUUGUUGCAUAUCCGCUCUGAUCACGAUGCAGAUAAUAAAGGAGGGUGAUUACAGGGGGGAGUAAUAGAGAAACAGGAUGAGAGAUAAGGCUAAUUAUGCUCAAUGUGAGCUCUGCAACAGGCCAAACAAUACCAAACCAACUGAGACGCUGUGUGACCCAGCUAUGUACACUUCUGGCCCUACUGCCCUCAUUCUGCCCAGCUAAUGACUCUCACACACACAUUAAUUCAAAUAAUGUGAAUUAAUGCGCCGCUCAUUUCAUUUCUCAUUCCGCAGCUUCAGGCGGGGGAUCGUUUCUGCACGUUCCUCAUUAUGUGUGAGAGAUAAUACGCUCCAUAAACUGACUUUGAUUCAAGUUUGGAAACCUCCCUCUAAGAAUAUCUUUCCAGCGGGAGAGUGUUGUUAACUGACGUAUCCCUGGCGAUGACAGAGGCAGCUGUUUUUCUUUUUUUUUUUUUUUUAUUAGCAGUCUCAUCAGGUGAAGGUGCUUCUUUUAUUUAGACCUUUUUAAGUCAAGGACAAGACAGGCAUCGCAAUUAGCCGGGGAGGAGGAGGGAUAUGCAGAAUGCAAAUUUAUGCGGAUUAGCAUGUUUUAAAUGGAUCAUUGGAAGCAGACGCAGUCCUCGCACUCGCUGGUGGAAAUUCAAAUGUAGAGGGCGAGCUCGGUUCCAGACUCUCAAUUUCACAGGUUCUUAAUUGUCAUCAUCAGCAUCAAUAUCAUCAUCGGCACAGAGUAAAUGAGAUGCUAUCAUGAAGGUGUUUUUAAUCCAUGCGUGGAUGUAUACACAGCUACACAAAAGCUGCUUCUUGGAGGGUCUGCUCAUUAUUUGAAAUCCUGAAUCAGAGGUUUUUGCUAUUUUUUUGUUGUCUAAUUGUUUGAGUGAUGCUUGAACUGUAGCACUGGCAAGGAAAUAAGUGAAAAAGAAUAGAGGGAGCACAGCUAAAACUCUGUAUCUUUAUUCCCAUGUUCAUCUUACAUUAAGCGCUCUCUCUAACUCUUCUUUUCAGGGCCAGUUAAUUUAGUGAUGGAGGCCUGAUGAAUGAUUUUAUCUCUCCAACUCUUUGCAGACAAAGACUGGGAUUUAUUUGAUGCAAGAAGGUAAUGAAGAGCCAUUCAAUAUUCGACUACACUUGGCCAAAGAUAUUCUGACGAUUCAAGAACAAGAUGUCAUCUGUGUGUCAGGAGAGCCGUUUUACUCAAGUGUAAGUAACCUGAUCCAUCUCACUCUCACCGAAUGCUGACACAGAGCACUUAAAAAAUCUCCUGCGUUAAUAUCAGAGACAUGAACUGCUUUAUAAACGGAGGUAACAGUAAAAAGAUACAGAGAGGUCUCAUCCUAACCCUCUCGAUCCCCUCCUCAUAAAUCAAAUGUGGCUAUUAAACAGUAAUUCACCUCCUGGAUCAGGGUGCGCAGAGUUUAAUCUUCAGGCCACACUUGUCACUGUCUCUGAGAACUUUUUCUUCAUAUGAAUAAAAGUCCCUUUUUUGACGAGAAUUCAAUUCACUGACUCCUGAAACCAUGACCUUUCUCAAAAAGGCAUUAUUCAUUCUUUCGUUUUUCUGUGUGUAAAUCUUCAAAGACAAAUGGAGGAAGGGCUUGUUUUUGUCUGAAACAUAGAAAUUAAUUAGCAGGGAUGGUGAAAAGGAAGUAGCUAAUAUGCUAAUGCCGCCACAGAAUGUCAGAGCGUCUCUGUGGAGACUUUUCAGCCUCAGUGAUGCAAUUUAACUUUCCUAUUUAAGACAAAGUUUUGAAUUUCUGCACACUGUCAGCCUUGAAUAGUCUGGAAAUUCAGAGUCAGGCAUCAAACUGCCAACAUCCAACAACAAUGUAGUCAUACCGGCAUAGCAGGCUGCAACAACCAUGAAAAAAGGAAUCAAAUUUCAAACACCUAAGACAAAAACACAAUCAAUAACCGUCAAUAAAAGUUCUCAGUGAGAGUAUCUCAACACGUACUGCACAUUUCAAGUGAAAAAUGAUGAGCUCAUGUAGGAAGGAUGAGUAAUAAGACAGGACAACAACCGGCCCACAUUUCAUUUCCUAACUUUGACAUUUGAGUUGCCUUCAAAUGCUGUUAUCCUCUCCUGUGUUUGUGUUUUGACAUUUUGAAAUUUGUUUCUACACCUCUGACUGUGAAAUGGAGAUUUUUGUGUUUCACAUUGUGGUUCUUUUCACCGGUUCAGGUUCAGGUCAGGUCAUAAAAUCAAACAAACUUUUCAUUCAUCCCCCUGCUGAUAGUGUGCACAUUUCUGACAAUUUUCUUUUGAAUGAUUUCAUUUUAUAGCAUCCCUCAACCUGACGCAGACAGUCUCAAAUGGUUUCUCAGAAGCUUUUGAAUAAAUAGAUGUCAAAAUAACGCUCUGUGUAGUCUAUUCAGCCAGUGUGCUGUUUAGUCAGGGCCUGAAAUUACUGACAAGUUGUGAAUAUGGACACUAUCUCGUAGCACCAAUGUAUGCAACAAAACAAAUCAAACAUAUGUUAGAAGAAGUGGACUGUCACUCAGCCAGGUUUAUUGUUAAUGUUUGGUCAGUCAGUGUUGUCAUGUAUGUGCACUCGCAUGCGCUACACAGCAAUCACCCUAAUGCUAAGAAAUGAAGCUAAUGUGGAAAUGCAAAAAAACUAAAGUUCCUGAAGUGUCCACUGGAGUCUCACUUUUAAAGUCCAUUUUCACAGUUGAAAUAAACAUGUUUACAGUCUGGUACAAAAAACAUGAUUAUGUUCUAAAUGGCUAUUUUCUUCAAAACUUAAUGGGGUGUGAAUUUUCCAAUAACUCAUCUGCUGUAAUUACAAAGACUAGAGGGGAAGCGCAUGUAUUUGCAUAAUUUAGAGACACGGCUGAGUUGCAUGGCAGGUGGGCUCACUGUUGCUGUUUGUUGGGAGGUUUGAGGUCUGCCUCUGUCUGUGUCUCGGCUGAUCAAAAGUACCUUUGAGUCUGAUAUGUUGAGUUAGACAUCAGCUUCAAAACCUCUCAUGAGAAACCAGUGGGCGAGACUAUGCCUAUAUUUUAUACCGUCUACAGCAGACAGCUAGCCUAGCAUAGCAUGAAAACUGGAGACAGGUAGAAAUGGCAGCUCUUAAACGCUUUUAUCUUGACCUGAUCAGUAUUUUUUGCACAUAUUGUUGCUCCUUAACAAGUGAUUUCCUCUUCUUCAGUUUUAAUUUCACUUUGAUCUGGAUACAUUCAGCAUAAAUGAUGUCAAACACAUCGAAAAAGCACGUUUUUAGCGUUGUAAUUGGCGUCAACAUGGGUGGCAAGUAGUUUUUAUGAGUUGACAAACUGCACAUCAGCUUUGUGCUCAAAUUAAACUUUUAUCAUGGUCCAACCAUUUGUUGUUAGAGUGACUUGUCAUGAUAUGUUCUGGUUUUUUAGUUUUUCCCUGGUUUUGUGUUUCCCUCAAGUUUUCAGUGUUUCCUGUUUUAUUUUGUAGCAGCUUAUUCCCUGUGUUUCUAGUCUUGUUUUACUUCCUCAGUUUUCCCUCCUCUGUGAUUGUCUGCACCUGUGUCUUAUUGUCUCACCUGCCUCUCGUUGCUCGUUUACCUGUGUGUGUAUAUAUAUAGUCCCUGUCUUCCCCUGUUUCUUUGUUGGUUCAUUGUGUAGUAUGUAUGUCCAUGCCUCUGCAUGUAUGCCUGUGUCUCAAGUGCCUUUGCUGGAUUUUGGAUUUCUGAGUUGGACAUUUUCUAGUAAGCUUUUGUUGCUUUUUAUUAAUUUAUUUUUCAUUAAAUCACUUUUUGCUCUGCAGUUGGGUCCUUUUUCUGUUUUUCAACUUCGCCAACGUGACAACUUAGAUUGUUAGAAAAGUUAUUUAUCGGCUUUAGUUUUCCGUUUAACCCUUAAUAACAGGUCAGGGAUGCUAGCUAAAGCAGUAUUUUAGUGUUGAAUAGCUUUCAACCUUGUGAAAUCUUUGUGAAUCAAAAGUACAAAGUCGGAAGAAAGACUUCUCACCUCAAAAACGGGGCCAUCUAAAGAGCGCACGACUGCAGCUUAAGCUUUAAGCCAGAGCCAGUCUAUCUUUCACUCUGUUUCUGUUCUUAACCCGAAGCUAAGGCCAACACCACACAAUGAUUUUACUGUGUUUGACUUGUAAUAAAAUCAACUCAAACUUUAGCACAUCAUACAUAAAUGUCACUUCACUGAACUAAAAAUGAGUUGAACAGAUAUCUGUAAAAGUCCGUAGCAAAGUGAACACAUACUACUGUUGAUGCAUAUUAAAUUUGCCUUUAAAGAUAACCUUGCUCCACCCCUCCCAGGUUCCUCUCGGUUCUUAAAAAAGCAUCCCCUCCCUCUUAUUUUGUUUCAAGAGCUCCCUCAGGUUUAUCCUCGGUCUGAACUCAUUUCUUGUUUUUAACUGGAUCUCUUCCAGGAGAGGACUGUAACGAUCAGGAGGCAGACUAUCGGAGGGUUUGGCCUGAGCAUCAAGGUAAUUUAGAUCCCAGCUGAUUAGACCGCUCCUCCCAAAUACUUUAAAUUAAGUCUGAACAAGUGUUAUUGAUUCUUUCCCAGCUAAAACAGUGUUAGCUGGGGGACUCGUGGAAAACGGAGCCACUUUCUGACUGUUGUUUGUCUCGCUCUGUGAUUAUGACACCUUCUCUAACUCUAUCUAAUUCGAUCUGUCUCCUCAGGGUGGAGCCGAGCACAAAAUCCCCGUCGUCAUUUCAAAAAUAUCUAAAGAACAAAAAGGUAUGUUGUCGCUCCUGGUAAAGAUGUACAUCUCUGCCUGUUUUCGCUCUUCAAGUAACUGCAGCGAUUUUGUGUUCGCAGCUGAGCUCUCGGGGCUGCUUUUUAUCGGCGACGGCAUCCUUCAGGUGAAAUGAUUAAAAAAAAAAUCAAAUUAUGCCUGUUUACACAUCUCAUCCUGCUGCAAAAUAACACACUGUAUCUCUUCAAUAAUUCAUGUGCCACAUGUCCACAAAACUGUGAAAAAGUAUGCAUCCGUAGGUAUAAAUGCCACAUCCGGGGUCUCUGAUUUGCUCUGUGUAUUGCAGAAAAUAAACAUCUCCCAAAUCUCAUUUCUCUCGGCUCAUAUGAUGCAGAGGCAACAUUUACAAGCCAGCCAAAGGCACUCUGUAUUCAUGGCAACUGUGGAUGAGAUUUGCUUGUUUACAGACUUCAGCACAGAUGCCGUAACAGUUAUUGUUGCCUGCCUCAUUAAUCAUGUUGAAGAUAGAGCUGGAGUGAUAUGAUAGCAGCAGCAUUGUUUAGGCCUAACCCUGUUACUGUUGUUGUUUCUAGAUAAAUGGAAUAAACGUUAGAAGUUAUCGCCAUGAGGAAGUGGUAAGCUGUCAGCUCAUAUCUCAUAUUUUUUAUACACUGCAACAGCCCUCUCAGCAGCUUAUCUUGUCUCAUUUUAUGAUUUGUAUCUUUUUGACAUGAUGUUUCUUUCUCAACCUCCUUUUUUUUUAAAUGCAGCUGCAAAAAUAGGCGUGUAGUCUGUGUGUGUCUGUGCAAAUCUCUUAUCUCUGUUUUCCAUUCUUACGUAGACGUUUGCACUCCAUGUUUCAUCACAGCAGGCUAUCUGCAGGAUGGGACUCAGAGUUUACAACACUUGCUGUAAAAAAAAAUAAUACUCCUGCGUUACUACCUUGCAGGUCCAGGUUUUGAGAAACGCAGGUGAAGAGGUGACUCUCACUGUCUCGUUCCUGAAGAAGACGCCGGCCUUCCUGAAACUGCCCCUGUGCGAGGACUGCACUUGUAAGACGCCUCUUAAAUUCAAGUAUAUAGCAACCGUUACAGCAGCACAAAGUAAUUAAGUGAGAGUAUUUAUAGCCGGUAUUAUUUUCUGUCAAGGAUUGGUUGUCCUGGUGACGAUUAACUCCAGCCCGAAGAGCCACUUUGAGAAAAAAAAAAGAAACAUUUUCACAUUUUGGACUCUUGUCAAGCACUAAAAAAAAAGGCACUCUGCUAAAAAGGAGGGAGAGGAAGAAAGGAAAGGACUCGUCUCAAGCUCCACUAAAGAUGCUUAACUGAACGAAUUGGCAUUUUUCAUUGUGGUGCAAUUGAUGGUUCUGUAUGGCAACGCUUCAGCCCGUCAUCAGACAUGAAAGCUUUUUAACAAACCCUUUCAUACAGGUAUAUAGGCCAGGUUGACUAGCCAUCCAACCAGUCUGCUGAAUACAAAUUACCACAGAGAAGAGGCCAAUACUGUUUGAGAACAAAGUAACACACUUUUGUUGAUAGCAAUGAUUCACUACAGUUGGAAGUCUCGAAAUAGAUGGAGGUGUUACUUAAUCUUAUUGGCUUUUUGUGUGUGCACUUUCAGGCAUCCCCAGUGACCAGAGUAGUGGGACUUCGUCUCCCCUGUGCGAUAGCGGCCUGCACUUGAACUACCAUCCUAACAACACGGUACUUUUCUCAUCACACUUCUUUGACCGGCUGAUGCUAUUACUGUACCUCAGUCUCCAUGCAGCAGCUUCAUUUUCUAAUGCCAGAAAGUUGUUUCCAUGCGACUGUCACUGCUCGCUGAUAACCUGGAUGCUCUAUCUUUAUCUUUUGAGGAGUGUGAAUCAGCUAUUCCCUGCAGCUUGCGCUCAUUCGGCCUGCCUGUUUACCUGCGGCAAAACACAGCAGCAGCAGCAGGACUGGAGCUCUUGACAUGUCAACUGUUUGAAAUGUACGAGGUGUGAAACGACAAGCCUUUCUAAAUUGUGCUUCACACUUCUGCAGGACACGCUCUCCUGCUCGUCUUGGCCCACAUCCCCCGGGCUGCGCUGGGAGAAGAGAUGGGUGGACCUGCGCCUUAUUCCUCUCCUCCACUCGCGCCUGUCGCAGUACAUGCCGGGCUCUGACGCCUGCAGGUGAGCUGCGGGACUUUGUGUUGAAGGGUCAAAACCUCUGACAGAUCUCAGCUGCAGAGCUGGUUUCUCUACAGGACGUGAAAGUGCUGUUCUCAUGUUCUACUCAGUCAAUUCUGACAAUGAGGAAGAUACACGGUUUUCUUUUGUAAAAUAGCACCCUCGCCAGCUUUUGAGAAUAUUUUUUAAAACACAAUCAAACAUACCAAACAUUUCUCUGUGUCCACUUUGGUAUACACCAUGAGGAUGAAGGCUCUUGAGCUUUAAAGGGAUAUUCUGGCGUAAAAUUAAUUAAGGGUCAAACACACCGUAACACAGAGUUAGACACCCCCUUGAGAGAUGAAUAUUGCCGACCGCUUGCUUCUCUAGUUUUACCAACUUAAGUAACGACCGCACGAUAGCAAUACACAGCAAUCAGAGGAGCCAUCAACAAACCUCAACCAAACGCCACUCUAUAGUCACAAAUAAUGCUCAGAACAGCACCUAACUUCAUCAACAGUGCAUAUAGGGUCCCAGCCAUAGCACGAGCCACCAAACAUCUUUCUAACUUUGCCUAAUUUCUGUAGCAAAGAGACUGACCUCAGGCCAGUCCAUUACGGACUGCUGCGGGGUGACGCAGCUCAAGGAAGAACAUUUUUUCAUGGAAAUGCAAUCAGACCGAGAUGCUAAGGCAAAAGAACUACCACGUCUGCAGUGCAAAAAUGAUCAAUAUGGUGAUUAUUACUUCAAGGAAAUGAUAAAGAAACGAUCAUAAAUGUUCUUCCUUGGACUGGACUGAGAUCUUACUACAAACAAGCGGCUGCUGGAAGAGAGUUGAUAAGUUGAGUUCAGUCUCUUUGCUACAGAAAUGAGGCAAAGUUAAAAAGAUGUUUGGUGGCUAGUGCUGUGGCUAGGACCCUAUAUGUACUGUUGAUGAAGUUAGGUGCUGUCCUGAGCAUCAUUUGUGGCUAUAGAGUGGCGUUUUGGGUUGAGCAUGUGGCUCUCUGUAUUGUUAUCCGCAGUUGUUACGAAAGUCGGUAAAACUAGUGAAGCAAGCAGUCUGCAACAUUCAUCUCUCGAGGGGGUGUCUCACUCGGUGUUACGGUGUGUUUGACCCUAAAUUAAUUUUACGCCGGAAUAUCCCUUUAAGCCAGUAAAACUCCUGUUAGGAUUUUGGAUAUCAAACAGACUGAAAUUGAUAUUGUUGUCUCUUUAUGAUCUAGAAAGCAAACAGGGGAAAAGGACCUUUUUCUUUGGUGAACAUUUAAUCCCUGAAACCACUGGCAGGGUGCAGAUGUCAGAUGAAGUGACUUCCUGCAGGCUGCUGAUACAGCUUUGUUUUGCAUGUUUCAUCGUAAAUAUUCCCAGUGAGUGAUACUUUUGAAGGUGAAACAAAAGCAGAAUGAAAUAUUUGUUAUCAAGAAAGACUCCUCGCUUGGGUAAAAGACAAAAAAGCAGCAAAGAGUUAUGAGGUAAACAAAAAGAUUUCCAACAGAGGUGAGCAGAGUUUAUCAAAAAUUUAACACCUUAAAUUGUUAAUCUGUUAGCCUCAUUGAGCCGUUAUUUCUGUUCAGCCUUUAAUCAGCUACCUAUUAAAAGACCAUCUUCACAUCUUUUAUUACUAACACUUACAUACAGUAUAUGUCAAACAAUAGUUGGUAAAAAAGAGUGGCCUUAUAGCAAAGCAAAGCAGAGUUACCAGGUGUAUAGUGUGUUCCAGCUCCUUGUUCAUCUGUCCCACUCACAGUUUCACAGUUUUGUUUCAAUCUGACCACUCUUCUGGUCCUUUUCACAUAUAACAGGCAGCUGUUUUCAAUGAAAAAGCCCUCGACACCCACUGUUUAGUACCUACUCGGCACCAAGUAGCAGACAGGAAAAGUUAUCCACCAGCUGGUGAACAAAGUGAAGCGUUUGACAGCUGAAGGGUUGAAUACUCCCCUCGGGCAAACCAAAAAACAACCAUUACAGAUAAUAAGCUAAGAUCAUAAGCAUCUGUUUGCUAGCAUGCUAGCUCCAUCAACUUGUGCUCAAAGCUUCUUUCUGUUGCCCAAGGGAGGUAAAAAAUGUUAGUGCAGUUUUAAUAAUAUACUUUUGGAAACUGUGGGUCUUUUUGAGACAGUUAAGUGAGAAAAAUUUAAAUUGUCUCAAUAGAAACAGAAAGUCUUCCCUGAGUUUUCUGAGCUGGAGUGAAAUAAAAGUAAACAAGCUGAGGAAAUUGCAUAUUAUGAGUAACUGUUUGGUCUUUGUUAGUAGUGUUUUCACCCCCUACAGAUAAAAAAGGAAGUCAUCAGCUUUCUUCAGCGUUGUAGAUCCAUCAAAUAAAUGAUGGUCUAAAUUUAAAACCGCCGCAUCAGCUUUUUCUUUUGAAUCUUUCAGGAAAAACGCCUUCCAGGUCAUAGCUGUGGACGGAGUCUGCAGUGGAGUUAUUCAGUUUCCUGCUCCUGAAGACUGCUUGGACUGGCUUCAGGCGAUCGCAGGCAACAUUUCCAACCUCACCAAGCACAAUGUGAGUACGGGACAAUAACACUUGUUAGCUCUGCCGCCCCUCGUAGCCCCCCAUGUAAACCAGAAAGAUAUUGGACCAGGCGUUCAUGCAACACACUUUCAAUUUGCGGACCGCCCAACAGUCCCUUUUGCAAAUGUCACAGCAUUAAGUAGACACCUACUAAUGUCUUUUCACACGAUGAGUACACACUUUUUUUCUCAGCACCUAAGGUCACAAAAUGGCAACCGUGCUAUUCUUUAUUUACUCCCCUCAGCUAAACCUCUGCACUUAUCUAUUAUUUACCAUAGGAUAUAAUUUAAUAAUGAUAACAAGAGGCAGAAUGAAACACAGCAAUAACAAUGUUGUAUUCUUCUCUUAUUGUGAGCAUAUUUCUCCAGCUGUAAAAAACAAAGUGUGUUUCUGUGUUUGGAGAUAGGAUUUUAUGCGCAGCAGGGGAGAGCAAAUAGAAGUACAGCUAACAAGCUUCAUCAUGCGUGGUGACUCAUACAAACCCAGAGGAAGACUGGAUCAUUGUGAAACAUUUAUCAACAUAGUAUAUGGAGUUUCAAUGCAGGAGAGUAUAUGUUACAUUUCUAACCAGACUGGCUCUUUACCUGAUAUGAAUACGACAUGAAGUGGGCGGCAGGGGGGAAAACAGGCAUUUUUAAUUAUCAUGUGUCCACUGGCUUUGCUUGGUGUGUGCGUGAGAGAGAUGGCUGCCUGUGUGAGAGUCUCCGGGGAAUAAUGGAGUCCUGGUUAAUUGGAGUGGACUAAGUGAGGGACGUAUUAAACAUAACACUGAUCACUCUCUGCCAGAACACCCUUGACAAUAGGGAGUGUAUUACUAACUCCGGCUUUUGCAUGAAGUGAAGUGCGUGAGUGAGCUUGAUGGAUGAAGGUUAGCAAGACCGCUGCUGAAGGAACAGAUAUGUUUGCUGGGCUGUCGAAUACAUCGCCCUGUGCUGCUGCAAGAGAGAAAGUUUGGUGGCAGUGAAAAGGAAACAGCACUGCAUUUAGUACCAAUCUGCAUGAGCUUGUAAAAUCGAACAAGCUAAUCCCUUUCAAUCGAUUCUAAUCUCUUUUGACUGACAAAGAGCGGUGUAAAUGCGUGUUUUCUUUGAAUUGACGAUGUCCCUUGUGCUGUUUUCUGGGCUUGCUUGUUGUUUAGUUCUGCUGAUGUGGAACUAAGAUGUCUGGGUUUUUUUAAAGUUUAACUUUCUGGCUAAUAUAAUCAGGAGUCCUGCGUCAGAGAGAGUUAGCUAACAAUGGCUUUGUUAGUUUAUAUCAAAAGAUUUCAGCAGUCGGAAAGAAAGUCAGUUACGCACUCACACUAUUAGAUUAAAUGCUUCCAGGAACAAACAUGAGGGUAAAAUCAAAAUGAAAAGUCAAAUUACAGCAGUGCUAGCAGCUGUGAAGCUACAUCAGGCACAGUGAUGCUUUCAGCUAAAUGCUAAUGUUGACAUGCUUCCAGUGAGAGUGCUUUCAGGGUUCAGCAGGAAUAUUGCUCUCCAUCUUGUUUUAGUUUUGGCAACACUUGUUAUUAAGCCUGAAACACAAGGCUGCAGAUCAGAUCUAUGCAUUCAGUUUAGCAGAUACCCAGUGAUGGACCGCAGUAUUGAACAAACAGAUGUUCUGACCUUAUAACAAGGCGAGAUGAAAAGAGGAGUCACCAAAGCAAUUACUAUUGAUGGAAAGGAAGACAUGAAUGUCUGACGCAAAUCUCGUGGCAACUCAGACAAUGGUCGCUCAAAAUAACGAAUGUCAACCUCAAAAUAGCUGCCAAACAAAAGUACAGAGAUAUCUCCGGCAAGAUGGAUUGAUAAUCUGGUAACUACAAAUAUCUGUGGAAAUUAUUAAUUAAUGAAUAAAUGAUUGUCCUCUACCAGAUUUGGAAUAGCAGCACGUUUUACAAAGCUUUUUGGCAUUGCUUUAACAGAAACACUGAUUGUUUUUGUAAUACUUUUUGAUGUGAUUUACAGUCUCAUGUUUAUUCAUGUUGUGUUUUCAUUUCACUGUUGCAGAACUUCCUGCCCCUCAGGGACGACUAAAAUGAUUUAUUGAUUGAUUAAUCAUGCAAAAGAUUAGUCCCAGUCCCAGAAAGGCCUUAAAAUACCCAUAAACCCAGAGAAUGCAUUUGAAGUGAUAUUUCCAUCUUUGUUUUUCUUGUUUGUUUAAAAUCUGAAUAAACUUUCAAAUGCGGACCUUUAAAAAAAAAAGAUUAUGCAAGUUACAAGGCCCCACUUAAAAGACAGGAAAUCUUCCAAAUGAGAUGCAUUAGUUGUCAAAAAUAGCACGAACGCCUAAAAAUAUAUGAAUAUAAAAGAUCUGCUUCCAAGUGGGGUCACCUUUCGCUUUCAGAGAAGCUUCAGCUCUCCAUGGAUCCCUGUGAUGGGAACGGAGCUUUUUGUAGUCAAACAGCAUCAUGAAAAAAACCGCCUCCAAUUCUCUGAACAAUAAUGGAGGUGGGAAUCUGCUCUGCUUCUCUGCGCUCCAUAAAUGUAAAGUGUGCUAGUAUGAGAUCUGGAAAGCUGGGCACAGAUGCUCACAUAUCAUAAAAUAAUCAUUUGUCCUGUAGGAAGGUGCGAAAUAACGGCAUAGAAAUAUACGUUUUUUAGUAGAAAUACAUUCACAUAUGAGCUGCAAAUCCACAAUGAUUCACCUGCUUUUCAAUCUCUGUUCAGAAAUGUUCUCUUUCCAGCUGAUUUAUUUCUAGUUAAUAACAUUUCACGAUGUUAUUCAAUGCUCUGUUUCGUGCGCCCUUAAAAUAUUUAAUGUUCUUAAUUGUCUUGUAUUGCUGAUACUAUAAUCCUGAUAAGACACAACCACUUUAAUCAAAGGUUUAAUCAUGUGCAUCCCCCUGCAGGCAGCAGAUCAGAUAAAUACUCUGUGAGUUAGCUGCAGAGAUUUCAGGUACAUGGUCAGUGAGGGCCGAUACCAACACUAUGAGACCAGAAACUUUGAAUGUGGAAUGAGCUGCCAUCAGCUGAAUGUGAGGAGAUCCAAACUUACUAAAGGCAACUAAGAACUUUUUUUUACCUUAAUCACACGGCCUUUGCUUUUGGGGUUUAUACAAAUUUAUUAACUGGGUAACACUUUACAAUAACCAUAACUUAUAAAUGGUAAGCAGAUAGUUUAUGUUUAAUGAUCAUUUACAAAUAGCAUACAGACCAUUAAUAAAUUGUAAAUUUUACAAUUUUAAAAACCUAACCCUAACUUUACAAUAACAUCUAAGUAAUGUUUAUAAGUGGUUUAUAAACCACUUAUUAAUCAGUUACAAAGUAUUACAAACAUCAGUUGCAACUUUACAGUAACCAUCUAAGUAAUGUUUAUAGGUGGUUUAUAAACCAAAUAUUAACCAUUUCCAAAGUGCUACUGACACACAUUUUAAUCUAGAUGUUUUACAACCAGUAUUUAAACCCUAUAUAAACCUUAAAUAAAUAGUCCAUUAAUAAUUAAUGAAAAUUAUUGAUCAUAAUUUCACAGCUUGUUAAUGGUAAAGUAACUGUUAACUUACAUUAAUAAACUAUCUAUUUGCCAUUUAUAAUCGGUCUAUAUGCUGUUUUUAAAUGAUGAUUAAACAAUAAACAAUUUAUCAUUUAUAAAUUAUGGUUAUUAUAAAGUGUUACGAUUGACUGUUUAUGAUGCGGUUAGUAUUUCAGUUUUUUCAGUGGUAGAGUGAAUCACAGCCAAUUUUGAGGUUGGCAGCUCGACCCCAGCUUCUGUGCCCUCGGGCAAGACACUGAACCUCUAACUGCUCCCAGUGACAUAGUCAGCAGUGUGUGAAUGCCUACGAAUGUGAUUAAUUAAUGCUAAUCUUCCCCCACAAUAGCAACCCCUGGCAUCAGUGUGUGAACGCGGUGUGAGUGGGUGAAUGUAAGGAGUAGUGUAAGAGCUCUUCAAGUACAAGUCCAUUUCCCAUUUUCACUGGCAGUGAUUGCAUGAGUAUUUUCCGCACUGGUGGGGUGUGUUUGUGUGUGUGUGUUUCAUUCAGUCAUGCUGAUGUCAAUCACAACCAAAUGACUCAUUUGAGAGUAUGACUGAAAUUUGUCUUUAAAACUGACAACUCUCCAAACAGCUUGUCACUUUUCUUACUCCCCUCGUCUUUGUUUCUCUGCAUUCACCCACGUGACUGCUCAUCAUUUUCAUUCGUGCUCUGUGUGUCACUACCUUUUAAAGCACAAUACAUUUAAUUAGAAAAAAGUCCUUGAAGAGAGAUAUAUUGAAAUCAAGUACCAUCUCCUCAAAUAGAGCGCCUCCAGAUAGCGCUCCUUCCUCCUGCUUGUUAUGUGGUAACAGACAGGAAAUGCACGAGUUCCUCUAAAACCUUAACUAGAACUCACAGUCUUGAUGAAUGUCAGAGUCAGGUGAGACCAGCAGUCACUGCCCAUUGCAGAAUCUGAACCCCGGUCACAUCCUGACACUUAUUGGGCAUUUUCCUUUCAGCCCCGGCGCUGAAAUAACAUCUUGUUCUCUUCCUGGGAAACAAACUUCAGUAACAUUUCAAAAUAAGCGGUUGUGACUUGUUCUCGCCUCUAUAGGAGGAUAAGGUCUGGAUGGCUUAAUUUGCCGUUGUGUAGCCAGGAACAGGUUAUAUUGAUAGUAUAGUGUGGAUUAGGAGCCAGCGAUACCUGUGAUGUGAGCAGAAUGUUUUAAUUUAAAGCCUGACUGCUCUCUCUGUAGUUUCCCUUUGCUUUUAUUAUCACACACACUGAAUGGAUUCUUUUAAAUGGAUUUUUUUUUUCAAGAAGAGCCUCAGGUCCUUGUGGAAAAUGACUCUAUCUAUCUCAUUUUCUAAUUUGCAUGCAUUGAAUAAAUGAAGUAGUUUGAGCAUUAUUCCUUCAGUGCCAUAGUUAACAUGUGAGCAAUGGAUACUGUGGUUCAUAGUUUAUUUGCUCUUCAAUGAAUCCUCAGUGGUUGUGAGUCCCUACAGGGUCAAACAGCUACUUGAAAUUCUGUCGGUAAUUAGUGUCUUAUUGUAGGCAGGAGACGUUUUAACGAGUUAUUGACAUUCUCAUUGAAUUUAACAGGUCAAGAAGAUUAACAGAAACUUCCCUGUGAACCAGCAGGUAAGACGCUCCCCCUGAUUCUCUUGCUGCUUUGACUGAUUUUAAUGUGUGUUUUCACGUCUAUCUAAAAUAUCAAAAGGUAAGCGCAACAAGCAGGUCAGUCAGUCAGAGAAAGGACACGGUUAAGUGUUGCCAACUAUUGCAACACGAGCAGAGUUUUUUGCAUCAUUUAGGUCCACUGAGGGGCGAUCAGAAAACAACACCAGUUCAGUCAUUAAACCGGCAGUGUGAUCUUUUUGUCGAAACAUGAGGAGUUAACGUGACUGCAGGGUUCCUUAAUAUUUAUCUGGGUUUCUACGUGUCCCGAAUCUUUCACUUGCUUGUUUUGCCGUCAGUCAAAAAAACACAGAAAAACAAGUGAACAUUUUUAGUUGGGUACCAAUCACCCUGAUUUUAAUGAGAACUGAUGUUGAGAUUCAGUCGAUGUCUUGAAUCUCAGAGUACUCGAAGUAGACGCUUUCUCCUCUCUGCCCUCAUCCCCUGUUGGCUUAACCGCUUUUUUUUUUCUCCUGAAUACUGAACACUGGAAUUUUUAAAACAUUUGAAUUCAUGGAAGGGCUGGAAAAUAAUGAUAUACAGCAAAACUGUGAUUUAUCCAUACUGUUUUGCUGCUUGUUAAUGAGACGGCUGUAGGCAUUAAUGUUUGAGUUUUUCCUGAUAUUUCUGUUUCAAAUCUGACGACUAAACAAGCAACUAGCAAGUUCAGAUUGUGAGGGAACAAAAACCUCCACAGAUGUCCAGGUCUUGCUAGUUGUCCCUCAAACUCGUAGAAAAACAAGAGGUGACUCCAACACUGUGGAAUAAUUUACCUGCUGAUAUUCGUUCAGCUGUUUCCAUUGUCACUUUUAAAAGCUUUUAAGGACUCACUUAGUUUAACAGGCCUUUACCUACCCGGUUUUAACUAAAGCUCUAUUUAUGCCAUUGUUUUAUUGUUCUAUGAUCUUACUUGAUGUUUAUGAUUGUAUUUUGAAUUUUUUUACUGUGAAGCACUUUGUGAAUUUUCUCUAUGAAAGGUGCUAUACUAAAUACAUUUUACUUACUUACUUUCCUGAGAGAUUAAAUUAAAAUAUGAGAUAACGACAUAAUUGCCAUUAUUUUUUGUCCUAAUGAUAGUUUUACCUUUUUCCCUUCUACCAAAGGUCCAGAAAACAAAUCUCAAAUAAAAGAUCAGAGUCAGGUUGAAAAGUUGAUGUUGUAUAUCUGAACUGAUAUCAUUCAUUUUUAAUCAUUUAAAGAGGUUAAGGUUCCUCCAUAAAUGCAUUAUUAAUAGAUGCCUAAUGAACACAUUUGCAUUCAUAUGAAAUUAAUUAUAGCCAUUUAGUUUCUCCUUUUGCUAUGAAUAUUGAUCGCAUUGAUUCUCCAACAGAGGACAUCUUUUAAAGCCAAAGUGCAAACGUUUAUUUUGCAACUGCUUUGAACUAAUGAGAUGAUUCCUGGGACUAAGAAGAGUCUUUACAUGCCCAAGAAUUGAUCGAACCUGGUUUCAGUCCAACUGCAGCGAGUAUAAAUACUCAUAACAAGAUUUAGAAUCGAUAGCACUAACGCUUUAGGUAUCAAUCUUCAGAGCAUUUAAUUUAAAGGAAGCAGCAAAGAUCAUCCAUCCACAGUCCGUAUUGUGGCUCAAAACAAUAUUUUUGUUUUUCUCUGAAUCCUGUAUGUACUCUCUUUUUUUUGCCAAUAAUUCCUGUUGCUACAGGCCACAUCCCUCACCGUUUCAAUUUACACUGUGUGAUAGAUUAUCUACAUGGGCUGGGUCGAUGAGAAGGAGCAGGACUCCGUUCAGGACCGAAUGUAUUCACCAAAGUUCCUCGCUUUGAGGGGUUCCUCGCUCUUCAAGUUUUCAGCACCUCCUGUAAGUUUUGAUUUUGUUUCACACUGACUUCUUUGAACCAUUGGACUUCUGAGUUUGAGCUCGUGUCGUACAACUCAGCGGGAGAUUUUUCAUCUGACGUUAAUGUUUUAUCGAGGGAUAAAGCGCUUUCCUGUGAGGGGGGGAAAAAAGGACGUGGCUCGCUCAUAACCAUUUGUGCUGCAUUGAUCUUCUUGUUGAUUGAUGAUGAUCAUUAAAUCUGUUUACAUUCUGCCAGCCACUUAAGUGAUUAUGACAAGCGAGAUAAGCUGUCAAUGGUUCUGGGGAUGAGAAAAGAUUGAUAGAUAACCGAAAUUGCACGCUCAACUUGAAUAUGCUGAUAUAAAUGGAAUAUGCUAAUUAGAGUGAAUGGUGCAAUAUAGCAGCCUGCUUGUUCAGACGAUGUGACAAGCCUCUUUAUUACUGAAGACUACAGCUACCUAUGAGGCAUAUUUUUUCCUCAGGAGGCAGGAUGACAAUUUUGAAUCUCAGAACCAUUUAUCACUACAUGGUAAAUGAGCGAAACCUCGAACAGUGAUUGUUCACUCACAGAUUAGCAAUACGGACUCUGUGACACGCUUUGGAUUUUUCCCAUGCUGGCGUAAUGUAAAUGGCAGUGUGUUCAGUAUCACAUUGUGCACCAGGGGGAACAAAGUAUAGAUAUGGCAGCACCUCAUUAUUCUGUCUUAAAUGGUUUAAUUAUUGUACUGCUGGCAUCAAAUGUAAUUUUUUUUUUUAAUAUAAAUUCAGCUCCUCAAACAGUUUCCCUUUCGAAUAUGACUUACUACUUCACCUCUUCAUGAUUCCUCAAGGUGGGAAUAACAACACUCAUCCCAUUACUCAUGUGUCUCUUUGGGGGAAUUUUGUAGUCAGAUUUUGUACAGUCUGGUCUUAGAAUUGUAUUGUGGUAUCAUCAAUAUGGUCAUCCAUGUAUUGGGUAUAAUACCCUGAGUCACCCUUCAAUUCCCACCCCUUAAGGUGCUUUUAACAGCCGCAACUAUCACAAGCCAGAGUAUAAGUAAUAUAUUGAAAAAGCAUGGACAAAUAUGUGAACGUUAUCUGUAAACGUCAGAAACUAGCAAAAGCAUUUACUUUCAUUUAAUUUAGGGCCACAGAUUAACGGAUAAACAAUAUUCAGAGCACAUGUUAUUAUUAGGGUUUGGUAACCUUUAAAUUUGAUUGAUUUCUCCUUAUCGAUUCAGGUUCUUAUCUUAAAUUUGAUUCCAUUAUGUAACAUGUUAUGAAAUGUUAGCAUGCCUCUACCUUAAGACAUUUAAGCUCCCAAAGUGACAGCGCAACUACAAGGGUUUUUUCUUUUUCUUUCAUGUGUAAACUCAUAAUUCUUGUCCUAUACAGUGAAAGAAGUGUUUUCAGACAAAACCCUCAACCUGUCAUCUUUUUACAGUGAAAAUUAUCCCUCAUUGUGACUAUUUGCCAUGAGAAAAGUUCUGUCAAUCAUCUGGUCUGACACCUACCCCCCACAGUAGUUUUUAGGCAUUAAAAAUUACAGCAGAGAAAGAUCAGCCUCACUGCUGAUGGUCUUAUUUGCUUCUGAAGGUCAUAGAGAGGCAUUAGUAGAAGUUUCAGUCUGCUUCUCGGACAGUUAAAAACUCCUCACAGUGCCUUAAAAUCAAUAAUAGAAUGAUAGCAAGAACACAGUGGAAUGCAGUACAACAUCUGUGAAUGGUUAUGUCCAUUCAGACAUAAUCCACUUUGGCAGUAGCACAUCUAAUUCACACAAUGUUGAAGUAAUAUCGGAUGUGUUUCCCACCUUGGGUUAUAUGUCUUUGCCGUACGUGUUGCGCUCUGCUCGUGAUUUUACUUAGUUGAGCUCGGCCCAAAUUUCUGUCUCUCGCUGUGGUCCGCAAUGAUCCUCUUCUCAAAACUUUGUUGACAUACUGCACACAUGAUGUAAUGUUGCAUAAGUUCUGGCUGAUCGGUUCAAUUUCUAUGCGCUGCGAAAUUCUCUCUGAGGUUUUAUCCUGAAAGAUUCAUGUGCUGUUAGAAAGCAUAAAGCUGAACCGAAAUUCAUGUGCCAAUGUAAUUCCAUGAGUUUAAGAAUCGGUUCUGAGUUGGAAUCAGUUCUUUAGACCUAAGCUUGACUAUCACCAAGUUAUCUGUGUUUUUUUUAAUUUUUAUAGUAAGUGAUAGCGUUAUCACCACUUUUGUAUAUAUUUCAACUCACCUUAAUUCAACUAAAUUUAAAAAAAAAAAUCAGUAAUUUUGUCAUUCUCUCUUUUUUAAAGCAGUGUUUCAAGUGGGAAAACUGAGUGGCAGUAUUCUCCUCAUUCACUUGUUGUAUCGUGAAAUCAGUAGCAAGGCCAACACUGCUGUUGCUCUCUUUUCACUCCGACUCUCACUUUGGAGACUUGUAACCUUUUGUUAAUUUGACUUUAACUCUCAGCUAAAACUGACAAGUGAGCGUCAUGUUACCACCAGCGUGCCGUGAGUGAUGUAUUUUAGGUGCUGUUAUGAAUCAUUAAUAGAAACUUGAAUAUGGAGAGGACAGGUCAGAGUACUAGCAGCAGGUAAGAAGUCCUAAAAAAGUACAAGAGGAGCAAAAUACACCAAAAAGUCCAUGUAUGGGAGGGGGGUUAAAUUUAGAAGUGGUGGUCCUCCGUGUUGGGGCACACCAGCCCACUUAGAGCACCUUGUAAAGUAUGUAGAAAUGAGCCAACCAGACAAAAAAUAACACGCGUCAGGCUUGUUUUAAGGAACACAGCUUCUUUUCCUUCUCUUUAAUAAAACAGAUCAAAUAAAACACAAAUCUUGCUCGACAAUUUCAGGUGACGACGUGGGACUGGACCAGAGCAGAGAAAAGCUUUACUGUAUAUGAGAUAAUGUGCAAGAUCCUAAAGGUAAGGCAGCCUUUUCGAUUUCAUUUCUUUAAUAUUUAGCGAAGCAACCCUCACACUGGCUGCAUUGAGAGAAUAUAAAGUAGACAACUGAGGGAAUAUACUAAGCUUUAUAACUCACUGAUUUAUAUGAAUUUGUUCUACUUCAGUCCCACAGAGACGCUCAGGGUUCAGAUUGCACUGAGCAGCUUCCACAGGUUCGAGGUUACUGCGAAUUGGAUUGCGGAAUCUAUCUACAAUUCAUUAUCUCAAAACUUAUUAUGUUAAACCCUGUUCAUACAGAUUCAUGUAUUCAAUGAGAUAUAAGUUGACCUACAAUGCUGUACCUAUUAUACAGAGUCACAUGGAUACAUUAAGCUAUAUGACAAUAUAUAAGGGUGGUGGAGUUCAUCUCGUGAACAAACACAGGAGAAGAAUUCAUUUCUCUUAAAGCCGCAGUAAUCAGUCUUGGGUGGAUGUCAAAAUAGGAAAAUCUCCCUGUAGCUUCAUGAAACUGGGUUUCUGUUGCUUCUUGAUAUCUUCACAUCACUUUGCCCAUCUGUACCUGAUCCACACGGGAGUCCCACUGUCUUAUCUCAGGAUAACGACCUUCUUGACAAAAGGAAGCACUGCUUCAGUGUCCAGACGGAGACCGGGGAGGACUUGUUCUUCAGCGUGGAACUGGAGAGCGAGCUGCUGACCUGGGAAAAGGCGUUUCAGAUGGCUACUUUCUUGGAGGUGGAGCGGAUACAGGUCUGCACUUGAACAACGUGCCGGGAAUCGUGAUGAUUUUAAUCUAGCGCUCUGUUCCAGCUCAGUUGUUUUAGUACAGAGAUUGAUAAUGUCCAUAUGACAUUUCCAGCUGAGCAAAAGUGGCUUUUGUGUCCUUGGGGAGGUAACAUCUUGUUCUCCUUUUCUGCAGUGUAAAACAUAUGCCUGUAUCAUGGAGAGCCACCUCAUGGGACUUACUGUCGACUUCAGCAUGGGCUUUGUGUGCUUUGAUGCAGCUUCAAAGGUGAGUGUGCGACUUCAUCAUCAAUAAGAAUAUGGAGAAACGAUCCUCUCAGUAGGAGAUUUUAGACGACUGUAAUGUACACACUGAGAUGAAAUCAAUCACAAUGCCUCAGCUUCACUUUCUCUAUUUUUUCCCCUCUGCUAACAUAUUCUGCUCUGUAUGCAUUUUGGGAGCAUGAGCACAUUUGUUUUGACGGCUGCCUCCCCCCCAGCACAAACCUCUCACUCCUGCCCGCAGUACAUUUUGGCCUUUCCCCAAGUCCGAGAACUAUCCAGACAACUCCGCUGAUGCACAUUAUGUGAAUGAGCAGGACACAAGCGCUGCCAUAUUGUUCUCGAAGAUUUUGGCCGAAUGUGAAGCAGCAGUGUCCCCAACGGAAGACGAAAACGUUGCCAGUGUAUUGUUUUCAGAACAAGAUAGGGAAAACGGGAUCCGUAUGUACACAGAAAUUACACACAAUACACUGGGUGGGAUAACUGAGUAAUUAAAAUCUGCUUUUGGCAAAUUUCAAAAAUCGUGUUAGAGUUAGAUUCACUCUGAAACAUCAACAAGUUCAACAAGUUUAGCUGGAAUCUGCUGGCUCCGAUCAGAGUGUGAUGUGCCAUCAUUGCUCCAGACCCUCUUAUUUUACUAUUGGUUAUUAUUUGUGAUCUGUGGAAUUAGUUUUAUUUGUUCAGAUUCUUUAUUUCAGUUACACUCACAAUACCGUACAAGUAAACAACUACAAGUACAAUAAGCAAAAAGCAAGACCAGGCGUUAGAGCUCACUCCAAAAUCAAACUUGAAUCAAAUUUUAAAUCCCAGGCAGCUCACGCACCAAAAGAAAAAGAAAAAAGUGAAGGCCUCAUUACCUAUUUAAACAUGGAGCACUUUCGUGAGAUGUGUUUUGAAGAAAGAGAACAAAAGAAAUAAUGGCACCUGCUGCCUCUGCUUAAGAACAAAAACCCCUGAAGCACACGCUGGUCCCAUGACUGCCUGCCUGUAAAAGUGCCCACAUGCUGCCAAAUACUUCUUACGAAGCAAGACUAAAAUAAUCGAAUCUAAAAAUACAAAUAACUUGAAAGAGGAAACACCUGGGUGUGAGACACAAAAGUAAUAUCCAAAACAAACCAAACACCCUAAUGAGGGGAUAAAGCUGCAUUGGUAUAAAAAGUUAGAGUAGUUCAUCAUUAGUAACUAAAGAAGUACUGUGUAUAUAAUGUGGUGAAUAUUCUUGAAGUGAAGUGAAGUUUAUAAUUAUGAUCAAUAAUUAUUCAACAAAGUUUAACAUGGGAUCACAAGAGUCUUCAGCAGGGCCCUAAGCAAACUUUGAUUUUGGGGCCCUCUAUUUCUGCCAGUAAAACUGAUUGUUGAUUAUUCACACAUUUUCACAAAUCUCUUUGAUUAACUUUUCAUGACAUGCAAACAUACCUUUUAUCUUGGCGUUUUUUUUUUCUCUUCUUCCUCUUUCUUUUCUCUGCGCCUAAAGGAUAUGUCCUUUUUUGCAACAUUGUUUUGCCCCACAACUACCUGCGCUUUGCAUGCUCAGUGCACAGUGCACAGCCAAAGGUGGCAGAGCUUUAACAUAUCGGCAUUAGAAUCAUAGACCUACAUCAGCAGCGGCACUAAAAUGUUUUUAUUUUGUUUUAUUUAAUUUUUACGAUAAUAUAAUUUGAUCAUACAGAAAGCAUGACUCAUACAUAUAUUUUUUUUCAUUGCUCUUGAGGGCCCCCUAUAGGCUGCGGGGCCCUUAGCAGGCGCUUGGUUCGCUUAUGCCUUGGGCCGGCUCUGGUCUUCAGUCAAAGGAUGUUACACUGGUGUGAAGAGUGGCUAACUCUGGCAGAGCUAGCACCACCGGUUUUACAGGCAAACUUCCAUAUGCCUGCGUUGGUUACACGCCGCUCUGCUCCAUUUAACCCGUCACAGCCUGCAUGUAUUUUUUUUUUCUUUUUGAUACAAUUUUCUUCUUCUUUUCAGAGGUGUCGCAUAUAAUCAAAACAAUGCCAUUGUUAAAAAUAAUCCAAGCAGAUAAGAACAAAAACAAUGCUGUCUUGGCAGUAUAGACAUAGAUUUGAACCAUUGUAACUUCAGUACCUCUUUUCUGUCUUUUUUCUUCUUAACAUUUUCGCAUCUACAAAUGAAAUCAUAACAAAUGUAGCAUGCAGUAGAAACACAACUCUUAAGCAUACAUUUGUAUAACAAGUCAACAUGAAAAAAUUCCCAUGAGACAUGCGUGCCAACAAAUAACCAUAUAAAAAAAGAAAUUAAAUCACAAAGUGCACAUAUUUAUGUGUUUCUUUACACACCCAAGCAUUUAAAUUUCUCUAUCAAAAUACUGACAAACCAUACUAAGAAGUGCAAUCUGUCAUAAAUACAAUAGAAAUACUACUCACUUGUCAGACCAAGUAGAAGUUCUUGUGACAUUUAAUCAUUCAGUCAACUUAACACACACUUCCUCAGUUAUUGUAUAAAUGUCUUGAGAGUCUGACCCUCUUAGGAAACAGAAUUCAAUGGGUUUUUUUUUCUCCUUUUUUAUUAUUAUUGAGUUUGUAUAACUUUUUCAAUAUCAGGAGCUUGUGAUUGGCAGAGGUGAUGAUAUCCCAAUCACUCUCCUGUCAAAGUGAGAGGCAGAGUCUGACUGCAAAGUUAAAGAAGGCGACACUCUCCUGUCACUCUCAUGAAUAUCUGCUUUGAUUUAUGGUACACAAGAUUUCUUUUUCUUGCCAUACCACAGAGGGAUGUCAUCUGUAUGGUAUGUUAAACAAGAUUUCUUAUGCCAUUUUUAAUGAGAUCGGUGUCAGAGUAAUUAUUACAGGAACAGUACUGCAGCAUGUAUCAAACAGAUCCAUAUUCAUGUGAGGAGCGUGGCCAGCUGUCUACCUGAGGAGUCCGUCUGGAAGCUGACUGUCGUUUGGCUCGCCGUGCUGCUUUUGUUUAUUCACUUCUGCACUAAUUGAAUCACUGAAGCUCUGCUAUUUCAGGAGGAAUUGCUGUGGCUUGUUAAAUUUCCCAAUGGCAGAAAUAACAGGUUUAGAUCUCAGAAAGACUGGUAUAUCAAGAACCUGCUGACACGCCUCAUUUCUCACUGGUACCAUAUGGACUCGGACAUGAAAUAUUCAUGACAUAGUGACACAAGAAGGAAUCCACAUAUCAAACUGAAGCAAAUAAAGAUUUAUAGUUUUCUUGACUUGAUGUAGAGCUAGAUUUUAGGACCACUUAAUGUGUUAUUUCUACAUUUCAGGCUGUGCUGUGGAGAUAUAAGUUCUCUCAACUGAAAGGCUCAUCAGAUGAUGGAAAAAGCAAGAUCAAGUUUUUGUUCCAAAACCAAGACUCCAAAUCUAUUGAAGCAAAGGUAAUGCACUUUGAGAGAUAUUUAAUGCUUGAUGUGAAGAGAAGAAAGUUACUCCACAAGAAUUUCAAACUAGCAAGGUCAGAGAAAAUGUAUCUCUCACGUAUGACUGAAAUAUUGAUUUUCUUCUCUCUCUUUCAGGAGCUCGAGUUUUCAAACCUCUUUGCAGUGCUUCAUUGUAUCCAUGCUUUUUUUGCUGCCAAAGUUGCUUGCCUGGACCCCAUGUUUGUGGAGAGCCAAGGCACUGCGACUACCACUGGAUUUCCUUCUCUUUCCACUAUCUCGUGUAAUUCACAGCCACCUAAACUCAAAUAUGCCACUUGACAGGCGCCGCUUUCACCACAGCUCCUCAGAGAGGACUCGGCACUUAACUGAGACUGUGGCCUAGAUGGGUGGACAGGAGAACUAGAAAAUGUUCAAAUAUGACACUAUGGAGGACAGCUGAGCACCAUGGUGGAAAAAAAGGACCUCUCUGAGUGAUAUACUUGAUAUCUCAAAAGACAUUUCAAAUUCCUGGAAUAACUGUGGACCUAAACACGGACCUCUACUUUGAGAAACUUCCCAAAAAACACUCGUUGGACAGAAAACGUGCGAUUCAGAAAAUGUUUUUAAGUGAAUCUGUUCUUCUCUUGAUCCUCAGACAUCCCUGUAAGUCAACACACCACAAAGACAAAUACAUUUCUUUCCCUUUUAAUGUAACUUUAGUCAAAACUUGAAGAGCUGAAACAAAGAUUAUAUCCUUUUUUUAGUCCACUUUAGAGCUACACCUCUCUAUCUUCUGCAAUGACUCAUCUGGACCCUGGUUAUGAUGGGUUUAUGCGUUGACACCUUAUUUCUAGUUUAUUGAGUGUUCUUGAGGUGAAACUUUUAACUACAUUUGUAAUUCUAUACGCAUUUUAAAAGAUUUCCACAUGAGUCCUACUAAAAGCUGAAUAGCACCAUAAAUAUAAUUAUCAACGUGAAUUUUAACUAAAAGUUUGCAGGGAGUAGUAUGGAUGGAUAUACAGAAAAACCUCAUAUAUUUUCUCUCUAUCUCUGAUGUAUACCCACGUGUCAGAAUAACUAUUUGAAAGGCCGUAUGGGAGCAGAGUUUUUACUGUAUGGAUGUACGACGAGCGACACUUAAUCAGGUUCACCACCCACGCAACAGUAAUCAAACCGAACCACUCUAAACAUGAUUAGAAACACCUUCAUCAUGUUUAUAGCCUUUUUCCUCCCAAACUUGAUUAUGUAAAUAAACACUGACAUUCAAAUGAACUCAAAGAAUGAUGAAUUAUGGCGAUUACUUGAGGGAUUACUUGUUGGGAUUAUAGCAUUUGUUAAUUUGAUGUGCACCAGAGAUGACUAGGUAGAUAGCUCAUAACCUUGUGCUCUUUUCAACAUGUACUCUUAUGGACCAAUUUAGAGGAAUAAAAUCAGAUAUGGUGUAUUUCUGGGGAAUAUUUUACCUGUUUGAGCUUGUAAAUAUAAAGAACAAGUUUUCAUUGACGAUGGAGAAAAAAAAACAUACACACACAACACAAGAGGGUUAAAGAAAUACGUUGCCCCCCAUGUGCUCCAAAUGUUUGAGAUGGUCCUUCAAACUUCACUCUGUGUUUGCGCUGUUUGCACAUGCAGCAGAGUGACAACUAGACUAUCGUUUUCAAAUAGAGUUCAGGUCAAUUAGAGUAAUUAGUCAUGCUCUUACCUUCCAUUUACACAGUAGAAUCCAAACACAAGAGGCCCAUGGGUAAGUAAACUCUAGAGGAUGGUAAAUUAAAUGGGGUCAGGUACUGUGCAGGGCUUGUUUAGCUGACAUGCGUGUCUGAGGGAGACGAAUGGUGGUACGGUCUAUGCAAAGAAAGUCUGAGUGAUGCUUUUGUGCUUUAAAAUUAUCCCAGUUGCAUACCCUUAUAACACAGGAUCUAAAGAGUGAGGUUUAUUUUAUUUUUAGCAGAUGUUUUAUUAACAAAUAUGCUGUGUAAUAAAUUAAUAAAUGAGAUCUUUUAUAACAUGG